AUUGACCAGAACAGAGAUGGCAUCAUCGACAAGGAGGAUCUGAGAGACACAUUCGCAGCUAUGGGCCGCCUGAAUGUAAAGAAUGAGGAGCUGGAUGAGAUGAUCAAGGAAGCUUCUGGACCCAUCAACUUUACCGUUUUCCUCACCAUGUUCGGAGAGAAGCUGAAGGGUGCUGAUCCUGAGGAUGUUAUCACCGGGGCAUUUAAGGUGCUUGAUCCUGAGGCCAAGGGGUCCAUCAAGAAGCAGUUCCUUGAGGAACUUCUGACCACACAGUGUGACAGGUUCACUCCAGAAGAGAUCAAAAACAUGUGGACAGCAUUUCCCCCUGAUGUGGCCGGCAACGUAGACUACAAGAACAUCUGCUAUGUCAUCACCCACGGUGAGGACAAGGACCAGGAGUAA